CGCGUGUUGACGAUAGGAGGUUUCGUGACCAGCACUUGUGAAAGCGCAAAAAGACUUUCUAAGACUUUUGAAGACUAGAAGAAAGAACAGGAAACACGUUUUCGGGAAAAUACUAGAAAAAAACGGCCAAUUACCGACAAUAAAGAACCAGAACAUCACCCAAUACAAUGACUGACUGGAUGUUGAUUGUUCGCGCUAAUAAAUUUGACCGGCGUUGUCAUAGAAACUGGCGUCAUGUGUUUAGCUAUUUACAAUUCUCCAUGGAGUUUGAGGCCACUAUUAUUAACCAUUGGAUUGCAAAGGAGGAGUGCUACACGACAAGGGCUUUAGAUUCCGUUUUUAAAGGACUACGAUUCAAAGUCCCUCUAUAGUACGAAGCUAUCUACGUUGAGCAACGCCGGAACACUGCAUCGCUUCACCAACGACUUCAUCCAAGAGUCUAUAUUUAAUAUCGCUUACAUUAUCAUUUACAGACAAAUACUAUAGGAUUCUGGACUUCUAAAUAAGGUUUCUUUCUUAAGUGGUCUAAAUUUUGGAAGAGGACUUUAUUUUGCUACGGUAUGGGUUGUGGAUCUUCGAGCGCCAAAGCUGCUUCUCCCACACCACAGAAACCUCUACAAAACCAAAACGGGGUCCUUACAACGAAUCAUUCCGAUAGCCAACGCAAACUUAAGGAAUCCAAGCAGACAAGCCAUGCCAAGGAGGAUAAAUACGAUAACAAUAGCAAUGAAAAACCCAACAUCAAACCAGAGAGCAAUCAAGAUCUCGUUAUACCAACCGUAAACCAAGAAAAUGAGAAAAAUAGACUUAAUUCGUCUAAGUUAAAUGAUAUCAAAGGAAGGAAUGAAAGUUUAGUUCCAAUGACUGGAGUUGCAUUUGAAGUCAAUUUAGAUGAAAAUUCAAAAAGGAAAGAGAUUAGACGAGUUCCUAAAUUACAGAAAUUGGAAAAUGUUACAGUGCUUACUGCCGAGAUGCUUGCCAAGAAACAAGCUAUUGCUGAGGAGAACAGACAAAAGGAAAUUCAAAGAAAAUUAGCUAAAACGACCAGAAGAAAAAAGAAGUUACUUGAAGCAAGAGAACUAGACAGAGCACAAGAGAAAUUCACAGAGCUUGAAGAAAAAAUGAAAGUCCAAAAAAUGAAAAGAGCACAAAUCCAAGCAGAGAUUAUUUCAAAGCAACGAAGAAGAGAACUGCGAGCACAGCAAGUGAGGGCAAGAGCAGAAAAAAUAAGAGAAGGAGGAGAUAAUGUGGAGCUUGAUCUUGAUCCUGAUAAUACGUACAAUGCUGAUGAAGAAGACCAAUCAUGGGACACUGAUAAAACUGAGACCAACCCAAGUAGUAUUUCACUGCCGAGCAGUAGUAUAACACAGAUACAAGAACAAGACGAACCAAAGGCAAAAGAGAUAACAGAUAACACAGAACAGUCUGUUCAUGAUUUUUUUGAAGAAUAAUCUCAAGUAACGUUGUUAUUUAAAUUUAAGCUUAUUUAUUUGAUAUUGAUAAUGCAUUAUAUUAUUUAUUAAGAUUUUCUCUCAUUAUAAAAAAGAUUUAAUUUCUUUAYAGUAUUUAUUGAAGAGCAAUGUAAUUUUUUAGACAAAAUUCAAAAGCUAGAUGCACAUAUUUUAAGCUCAUCUUAACACGCGAUUUCUUUGACUUCAAAACCCUUCAUUUACAAACUUCAGUUUGAAAAAAGAGCGACUUUCAAAUCUAAAUGAGUUACAAUAUAGAAUGACAUCAAAUUGGGUAUACAUAAGACCCAAAUGCUAUAAAAUAAAGGGUCAUAUCAAAGAAUUUGCCGUAAAAGAUAGGAGAUUUUUAGGGGAAUAUUUUGAAGAGUAAAUAAAAGACAGUAAAUCUGAAAGCAAAUAUUUUCAUUGAGAUUUUUUAAACUCAAACUUCAUGACACGUGCAAAGAAUAGCACGAACAUUUACCAGUUUGUAUAAGAUAAAUGGAUAAUUGGAAGAAUGGAAAAUGGAUAAAAUGAAUGAAUGAAUGAAUGGCAAAAACAAUGGUUUAGAAAUAAGUCUGAAAUCAGAAUUCUAGAGUUACUAUAAACUUUAUACAAAUUAAAUUAAGUGAACUAAGUAUUAAAGUCAUUGAAAAGCAAAAGUACUCACACAAUUAUGAUAGUUUAGAUUUUACCAUAAUAUUAUAACAAUGCUAAUUUAUUUUUAUAGAGUGAAAAAAUAAAUA